ACAAGAUAUGCGACCAGAUCAGCGAUGCGGUGUUGGAUGCCCACCUGAGCCAAGAUCCAAACGCCAAGGUGGCUUGCGAGACAGUGUGCAAAACAGGAAUGGUGCUUCUCUGUGGGGAGAUCACGUCCCUAGGUGUGGUGGAUUACCAGCGGAUUGUAAGAGACACGAUAAGGCACAUCGGUUACGACGAUUCCGCAAAAGGGUUCGACUACAAGACCUGCAAUGUUCUCGUGGCGUUGGAACAACAGUCCCCUGAUAUCGCUCAGGGCGUUCAUCUGCACAGGGCCGAGGAAGAAGUGGGUGCUGGGGAUCAGGGUCUGAUGUUUGGCUACGCGACAGACGAGACGGAGGAGUGCAUGCCGCUGACCAUCGUGUUAGCUCACAAACUGAACGCCAAGCUGGCCGAACUGAGGCGCAGCGGUGAACUACCUUGGCUCAGACCUGACUCCAAAACCCAGGUCACGGUCCAGUAUCUCCAGAAGGACGGCACGGUCAUCCCUAUGCGCGUCCACACCAUUGUGAUCUCUGUGCAACACGACGAGACCGUCACUCUGGAGGCCAUGCGCAAGGCCCUGCGGGAGCGGGUCAUCAGGGCCGUGGUGCCAGCCCAAUACCUGGACGAGGACACCGUCUACCACCUCCAGCCCAGUGGCCGGUUUGUCAUCGGGGGGCCCCAGGGCGAUGCUGGAGUGACCGGCCGGAAGAUCAUCGUGGAUACUUACGGCGGAUGGGGUGCUCACGGAGGCGGGGCCUUUUCAGGGAAAGACUACACAAAGGUGGACCGGUCAGCAGCCUACGCCGCCCGCUGGGUGGCCAAAUCCUUGGUGAAAGCCGGGCUGUGCCGCCGGGUUCUAGUCCAGGUUGCCUAUGCCAUUGGCGUGGCCGAGCCUCUCUCAAUCUCACUGUUUACUUACGGCACCUGCGUAAAACCCGAGAAAGAAUUGCUGAACAUCGUGCACCAGAAUUUUGAUCUUCGGCCGGGAGUCAUUGUCAGGGAUCUGGAUUUAAGGAAGCCCAUCUACCAGAAGACAGCUUGCUACGGUCACUUUGGCCGAAGCGAAUUCUCUUGGGAGGUUCCUAAGAAACUGGUCUUUUAAUGGUUGUCGGGACACCCCCUUAAGCUCUUAACUGGGACAGGACUCCACUACAAAAGGGUGCUUCCACUAACCAUCCUCCUCAGCUGGGAAAACGAACAGAAGAAAGAUUUUUUUUACGGAAACCACCAUCAUUUGUAUUCUCAACAUCUCGGCACAAAAAGAAAGAAAAAGGAUGAACGCCGUCUUUCUUUUCCCCCCUACUGCUGCUAUUCUUUUGUUUUGUUUUGUUUUGUUUUGUUCCACUUACCAGGAAAACUUACAACUUGGACGCACACAAGGAAAACAGUCUUUGCCUUCAAAACCAGUUCCGUUAUAGUCAAAGGGAAAGUAAAAUUCCCUCCGGUUCAAUAAGCUUUCUCACUGUGACUGGAUAAAUAAGAAAUUCUGGGGUGCUGUUUCUUGACUGGAAUUGGUACUGGUCUCUUGGUGUGGAGAAGGGGUAUCGGCCUCUCCCCGAUUGUCACGUUUGUAAGCUUCUCCCCCAUGUGUCUGUUAUUCUGAAGCCUUUGGGAGAGGCUCAAGUCUUGUGACGGCACACGGCCUGUGAGGUCUAUGUGUGGUGCCUUCGAUCCUCCCGCUUACAUACUGGUAAAGUCACCAGAGCCCAUUCUAGACAGGCACAAAAGGCUAAAACCCUGUUGGCGAGCAAGUCACGCACACCUACAACAAAUUCCCUCCAGCCAUUGGCUGAGCUGCUGUGAUGUCAUGAACCUUCUGUGACAUUCUAACGGUUUAAGGGGGAAAGAAUCAGCAUUACUAGAACAUUCUCAGGGGGCAGUUGAAAGGUCAGUUUGACGGGAAAACCAACCUGCGUGAGGUAAGGCCACGCAAAGCAGCCAUAUGAAAAACAGGAAAUGGGUAGGAUUGCUGGGAAUGAAAAAGGCCUAUAGACAAAGCACAAAGUAUGUGGCUUUGGGAUAGAAAUACAGCACUAAUAACAAUACAUAUAAAUAAUUGUAAGAUAACAAUAUUAUACAUGUGUUUCACAGCCAGUUUGGUGUCGUGGUUAGGUGUGCGGACUCUAAUCUGGGAGAACGGGGUUUGAUUCCC